AUGCAUCUUCCACCCAAGCACGUCGAGACCCAUGUGCCGACCCUGCGGCAGCUCAUCAGGGACAACCCCCUCGGGGUUCUGGUCACGGCACUGCCGUCACCGAACCACCCGACGAUCCAGUGCACGCACAUUCCAUGGAUCUUGGACGUGGCCGACGAAGCCGACGAAGCCGAGCUGGGCACUCUCCGCGGCCACCUGGCCCGCAUGAACCCGCACAGCAAGGCCUUGGCGGAGGCCGCCUCACCAGACAGCAACAGCAACAGCAACAGCAGCAGCAACAGCAGCAGCAACAGCAGCAGCAACAGCAGCGACGGACGGCCGGCCAACGGCCCCAUCGAGGCCGAGGUCAGCGUCCUGUUCACGGCCGCGGACCACGCCUACGUGCGGCCGCAGUUCUACGUGGCGACCAAGCCGACGACGGGCAAGGUGGUGCCGACGUGGAACUACGCGGCGGUGCAGGCGUACGGGCGCGCGCGCGUCUACUGCGACGGCGCGGACCCGGCGACGGCCGAGUUCCUGCGGCGCCAGCUCGGCGACCUGUCGCGGCACGCCGAGGGCCACGUCGCGGGCCACACGGGGGGGCCUGGGGACGGCGCGCGCGAGCCGUGGAAGGUCUCGGACGCGCCCGAGCGGUACGUCGAGCUGCUGAGCAAGAACAUCAUCGGCAUAGAGAUCAGGGUGGAGCGGCUCGAGGGCAAGUGGAAGAUGAGCCAGGAGAUGGGGGAGGAGGACAGGAAGGGCGUGGCGGCGGGGUUCGCGGCGCUGGGCACCGACAACGGGGCGGCCAUGGCCAGGAUGGUGGAGGAGAGGGCGGCGCUUGCGGCCAAGAAGAGGGGCGACUCUUGA